AUGCAUAGCUAUAAUUUUUUUGUUGUCAAUAGAUUGAGAUCAAGCAGCUUGUGUGAUGCUGAACACGACGUCGUUAAACAUGGGCGGCGGAUUGAAGGAGACCUUCUACAUCUCCCACGGCUCGCCGACGCUGGCGAUCGACGACUCCUUGCCGGCGUGGCACUUCCUCAAAUCUUUCCGGCAGAGGGUGCUGGCCCAGAAGCCCACCUCCAUUCUCAUGGUCUCGGCCCACUGGGAAACCGCCGAGCCCACGGUCAACGCCGUUAACGGGCCUUCAGACACUAUUUACGAUUUCUACAACUUUCCCAAGCCCAUGUAUCAGCUCAAGUACCCAGCACCCGGAGCGCCUGAGCUGGCGGUGAAGGUUAAGAAACUGCUUGAAGAAGCUGGGUUCAAGCGGGUCCACGUGGACAAGAAGCGCGGUCUGGACCACGGGGCGUGGGUCCCGCUCAUGCUCAUGUAUCCUGAGGCUGAUAUUCCCGUAUGCCAGCUGUCAGUCCAGACGAACAUGAAUGCAACCCAUCACUAUAACAUGGGGAAGGCGUUAGCUCGACUCAAGAAAGAAGGAGUUCUUGUAGUUGGUUCGGGCUCAGCCGUGCAUAACCUAAGGACCAUGGAAAACAUCAAAGGCUCUGUGGCUUCGUGGGCUGCCGAGUUUAACGAGUGGCUUAAAGAAUCCCUCCUUGAUGGAAUGUACGAAGACGUGAACAACUAUGAAGCAAAGGCACCAUUUGCGAAACUCGCACACCCAUGGCCGGACCAUUUAUAUCCAUUACACUUUGCAAUGGGUGCAGCCGGUGCUCAACCAAAAGCAGAGCUCAUCCACGACAGCUGGACAAAUUACACUCUCUCUUACGCUUCCUACAAGUUCACAGAUUCAACCUAAGAAUUUGUCAUCAUUCUGUAUUUUAUACUGUUGUAUGCAUAAUAGGGUGUGUUUGUAUUGACUAGUGAACUAAAGCAUUGCGAACUUAACAGCCUUGGCGGCUCAUAUAUAUGUAAAUAGGCCGGUUGUUUGUCGUAAGGGCUUUCUUGCUUGUGUUUUGUGUUUGAAAUGUUGUAAUACACGGAAGUUGAGGUCGAAAGAGUGUGUGUUAGGUUGUGGAGUAGACGCAAUCUAUAUAAUAAUUGCUGUUUUUGGAAUUUGUGCCGAACCAGGUCCAGUUGUCACUGGAGAAGGGGCAGCACACAGCCAUGGAAUUCGCAUAGUAGAUUAGGGUCACGGCUACACAUUUUUCAGUGUCGGGAGAGGAAGGGAUCAGGAUAGACUUAAGGAGACGUAGAUAAUCAUGCUGGCCGUAGAAAGGGGGGAGACUUAUGCGGCGGCGGGAUAUGGGGUUGUACAGUAACAGAUCGCCCGGUUUUGCGCUGCACAAUGGAUACCCAGCCACCGCCGGAGGAACCACGGAAUUUCAGAAGGUCGCCGGGGAUUUGUGGGACCCACAGGGUCACGACACUGUUCUCAGCCAGGUUGUAAAAUUUGUAAGUCAAAGUGGUGGCUGAGCAGGUGGCGACGCCGGAUUCAUAUACGGGUUGCAGCAUUAGCCAAGGAGAAGGAGAAGAAGAAGAUGGAUUGAUUUUUUCCGGCGAGAUCUGCGCCGCCGAGCUCAUGCCUCUCCGACAAAACCAAUUAUUACAGUCGCCACUCGAUUUUCCAGAAAUGAAAUAAUUAGAAAAUCCGGCAAAUCCUCCGCCACGGCGCAGCAGGGAAGAAUAAGCCAUCAAUUAGGUUUAUCCAAUUUUGCCUUUCUAUUUUGUAAUUAUGUAAAGCGAGUGAGUGAAUGCUGAAUUGUAACUCUGGCUGAGCUAUCCUAUUUAUUCCAAGAGUAAAAAUGAUAGCCAGCGGCGUUAUCUUGUGGGCUAAGUAAGCUUCUUUUUUCUAUA